UAAGAUAAUUCUGGAAUGCAGUCUACAUUGACUUGUUAGUGGCACACACAACGUUGCGUCUUGUCCGCAAUACUUUCGUGUGAAUGUGACGAACAGACCUCAUGUGUCAGAGGGGAGGCGUCACUCGGAACACUGUAGUAGACAUCACUAAUCCGGGAGACCUCCCGCUAGCUUCACUCGGUCACUGCGCAGCCAGGAAGGAGCUCCGAAGCUGGACUUACUGAGACCGUCCCUCCGCCGUAUGUGGCAUUUCAAACUUCCUCACACUGCCCGCUGACGCCUUUGAAAGAUACAUAUUGUGUAGGCUGCUCACUGCAGGAUAGCCAUGGAGGAUGGGAAGCCUGUAUGGGCUCCUCACCCGACUGACGGGUUCCAGCUGGGAACUAUCAUCGACAUAGGGGCUGAUGCCCUCACCAUUGAGCCACUGAACCAAAGGGGCAAGACCUUUCUGGCACCGAUGAACCAAGUCUUCCCGGCGGAGGAUGACGUCAACAAGCAUGUGGACGACAACUGCAGCCUUAUGUACCUCAAUGAAGCAACCCUUCUCAACAACGUCCGAGUGCGGUACAAUAAAGACCAUAUUUACACAUAUGUGGCGAACAUCUUAAUCGCUGUGAAUCCUUACUAUGACAUUCCAAAACUGUACGGACCUGAUGCUAUUAAAGCGUAUCGAGGAAAGUCCCUGGGCACGAUGCCUCCUCAUGUCUAUGCCAUUGCUGACAAAGCCUACAGGGACAUGAAGGUUCUCAAAAUGAGUCAGUCCAUCAUCGUAUCUGGGGAAUCCGGUGCUGGGAAAACUGAAAACACCAAAUUUGUUCUCAGAUAUUUGACGACAACAUAUGGAAGUGGCCAAGAUAUUGAUGAAAGGAUUGUUGAAGCAAAUCCGCUUCUUGAGGCAUUCGGAAACGCAAAGACUGUCCGGAACAACAACAGCAGUCGCUUUGGGAAGUUUGUGGAAAUCCAUUUUGAUGAAAAGAACUCGGUCGUGGGUGGAUUCGUCUCACAUUACCUCUUGGAGAAGUCAAGGAUUUGCAUGCAGAGCAAUGACGAAAGGAACUACCACAUCUUCUACAGGCUGUGUGCCGGAGCGUCUGAGGACAUCAAGAAAAAACUUCACCUGGAUUCUCCUGACAGCUUCAGGUACUUGAAUCGUGGCUGCACCAGAUACUUUGCUGGGAAAGAAUCGGAAAAACAAAUCAUGCAGAACCGCAAGAGUUCAGAGCAUCUCAAGGUUGGAGCGCUGAAGGACCCCCUUCUGGACGACCAGGGGGAUUUCAACAGAAUGUGUGUGGCCAUGAAGAAAAUCGGUCUGGAUGACACUGAGAAACUGGAUCUGUUCAGGGUUGUGGCUGGAGUCCUGCAUCUUGGCAAUAUUGACUUUGAAGAAACAGGAAGCAGCUCAGGCGGAUGUGUCCUGAAAAACCAGUCAGGGCAAACUCUUCAGUACUGCGCGGACCUGCUAGGUCUGGACCAGGACGAUUUACGGGUCAGCCUCACCACUAGAGUGAUGCUCACCACAGCAGGGGGCGCCAAAGGAACAGUCAUUAAAGUGCCUCUGAAGGUGGAGCAAGCGAACAACGCUCGCGAUGCCCUGGCCAAGGCUGUCUACAGCCGCCUCUUUGACCAUGUGGUCAAACGAGUGAACCAGUGCUUCCCCUUCGACACGUCCUCAAACUUCAUCGGAGUGCUGGACAUCGCUGGGUUUGAGUAUUUUGAACACAACAGCUUCGAGCAGUUCUGUAUCAACUACUGCAACGAGAAGCUGCAGCAAUUCUUCAACGAACGCAUUCUGAAAGAGGAACAAGAGCUGUAUCAAAGAGAAGGGCUCGGAGUGAGCGAAGUGCACUAUGUUGACAACCAGGAUUGUAUUGAUUUGGUGGAAUCCAAGAUGGUGGGAAUCUUGGAUAUUUUGGACGAAGAGAAUCGUCUCCCUCAGCCCAGCGACCAGCACUUCGCCCUGGCCGUGCACAGUAAACACAAAGACCACUUCAGAUUGACGGUCCCACGGAAAUCCAAACUGGCAGUUCAUCGUAAUCUUCGUGACGAUGAAGGCUUCAUCGUCAGGCACUUUGCUGGGGCCGUCUGUUAUGAAACAACUCGAUUUGUGGAGAAGAAUAAUGAUGCGUUACACAUGUCCUUGGAGAGCUUGGUGUGCGAGUCAAAAGACAACUUUGUUCGAGCUCUAUUCGAAAAUUCCAACACAGUCAAGGACUCCAAACAAAAGGCGGGCAAGCUCGGCUUCAUCAGCGUUGGCAACAAAUUCAAGACACAGCUCAACCUGCUGCUUGAGAAGCUACGCAGUACAGGCUCAAGUUUCAUCCGAUGUGUGAAGCCCAAUCUCAAAAUGGUCAGUCACCAGUUUGAGGGGGCCCUAAUUCUCUCUCAGCUGCAGUGCUCAGGAAUGGUGUCGGUGUUGGACCUGAUGCAGGGCGGGUUCCCCUCGCGGGCCCCUUUCCAUGAGCUCUACGACAUGUACAAGAAGUACAUGCCAGAGAAGCUCACACGUCUGAAUCCACGGCUCUUCUGCAAGGCUUUGUUCAAAGCUCUCGGCCUGAAUGAUGUCGACUUUAAAUUUGGGCUGACCAAAGUGUUCUUCCGCCCUGGGAAAUUUGCAGAGUUUGACCAGAUCAUGAAGUCCGAUCCGGACCACCUCGCAGAGCUGUUGAAGAAAGUGAAUCAGUGGCUGGUGUGCAGCCGCUGGAAGAAGGUCCAGUGGUGCAGCCUGUCUGUCAUCAAACUCCGAAACAAGAUGAGCUACCGAGCCCUGGCCUGUAUUAAGAUCCAGAAGACCGUCAGAAUGUGGUUGUGUAAGAAGAAGCAUAAGCCCCGCAUUGAUGGAAUGGUCAAGAUUAAAAACCUGAAGAAACAUAUGGAGCGAUUCAACGAGGUGGUGAAUGGGCUGAAAGAGGGCAAACAAGAAAUGGCCAAACUGGUGAAAGAGCUCGCGGCUUCCAUAGACGCUCUGUUGGCCAAAAUAAAGGGCACAAUAAUGACUUGGAAGCAGAUCGACACGGAGUACCAAGUUUUGGUCAAACGCUCGGAGCAGCUGCUCUCGUCCAUGCAGAAGAAGAAGCAGGAGGAAGAAGAGACCGAAAGGCUGAAGCGCAUCGAGGAGGAAAUGGAGAAGGAGAGGAAAAGGAGAGAGAAGGAAGAGCAACGGCGCAAACAAGAGGAAGAGGACAGGCGAUUAAAAUCUGAAAUGGAACUGAAGAGGAAGCAGGAGGAGGAAGACAGGAAGAAAAGAGAAGAGGAAGAGAAGGUUUUACAGGCAGAGUUGGAGGUCCAGCUGGCUCUGGAGCGAGAGGAGGAGGCUCAACGCGCCACCAUACUGGAGCAGGAGAGACGAGACAGGGAGCUCGCCAUGAGGAUCGCUCAGAGCGAGGCUGAGCUGAUUUCUGAAGAGGGUCAGGUGGAUGCCAGCCUGCGCAGCGGUGAGCUUUUUUCAGACCUCCCUAUCUCUUCAUCUUCUGCCAGAGCCAUGGGUCCUCAGGUGCAGGCCACCAAAGCUGCAGCCGGCGGGAAAAAGUACGACCUCAGCAAGUGGAAGUAUGCUGAGCUGCGAGAUGUCAUCAACACUUCCUGUGAUAUUGAGCUACUGGCCGCCUGCAGGGAGGAGUUCCAUCGGCGUCUGAAAGUCUAUCACGCGUGGAAGUCCAAGAAUAAGAAACGCACAGACGAUGGCAGCGAUCAGAGGGCGCCUAAAUCUGUCACUGACUACGCUGAACAGAACCUGACUCCUGCCAUGACGGCGCAGCAUCAGGAGGUGACCAUGAACCGUCAGCAGAGAUACUUCCGCAUCCCCUUCAUCCGCCCCGCCGACCAAUAUAAGGACCCCCAGAACAAGAAGAAAGGCUGGUGGUACGCUCACUUUGAUGGGCCCUGGAUCGCCAGGCAGAUGGAGCUGCACCCUGACAAACGGCCCAUCGUGCUGGUGUCAGGCAAGGACGACAUGGAGAUGUGCGAGCUGAGUCUGGAGGAGACAGGUUUGACCCGGAAGAGGGGCGCAGAGAUCCUCCCCAGGCAGUUUGAAGAAAUCUGGGAGCGCUGUGAUGGAAUUCAGUACCUGAAGAAAGCCAUUGAGAACAAACAGGCCCGGCCCACGUAUGCCACCGCCAUGCUCCAGAGUCUCCUCAAGUGAUCCACGGCGGCGAGAUAAGAAGACGACAACCACCCUGAGUCAUGAAGCUUGAACAAGCAAGUGGAAUUAUGAAGACCAAUCUGCUGCCGCGGUCUGUGUGGAAGAUAAACCGUCGAGAGGGUUGCUGCUGCGUAUGAUAAGCUCUUUUAACAGCUCUUUUUUAACCUCCUUUUUAGCCGUUCGGUCCUCAUUCUAAGUAGAUUUUUGUGUUGAAAUGCUGUUUAUCUGAGGCCUUAAAUUACAAAGCAAAUGCACAACACCGAGGACGCCUUAAUGGGAAAAUGUUUAGCAUUUAAACCUCUAUGUGUGUGGAAGAUGAAAUAGCCUAGCGAUGCAUUUACACGUUACUUUUGUUUUAUUGACAUUGUAAUGGUUUUUCCUGCAAAAUAAACCACUGUGAGUCUCAAUAUUGUAAUUUAUUUGUUUCUCAAAAAUGUUUUCUAUUUGUGUUUGGUUUGCGCAUGAGGAAGCGUGUAACUCUAAGCAGGACUGAUCAUGUGAUUUGUGUGUUUAUGAAUAUUUGAUAAAAGGCUCCCAGACACUAAUCCUUCAUACAAUUACUCCGGUGCAUGUAAUUACACAAAGCGACCGCAGUUAACAACGAUUGACGUUUCGGCGUUUUGAUUUCCUCUCUGAUGUUUUUGCCUUUGCACUGGGGUCGUGUUAACAAUAAACCUUCGCCCUGCCGUUCCUCUGUAGCUUCAUGAACGACUGGCGCGGACCGGCUGAUUGGCUGCGUGUUGUCGUACUCCGUAAUUGUGGGUGACUGACAGCUAACAAGAUUAGCGCUCAGAUUCUUUAGCAACAGAAGCUAAUUCAUUGCUGGUGUAAUGGCGGGGUCGACGCUCAAACCGUCAUCCCGACGUUUGAGAUUGCACCUCGUAGAACGGUCCAGAGGACUGGCAACCUUCAGUGGCCCUUUGAUACAGUUACCAGUGAACUGGUUAAGUAUUCAGCAAAGAUUUUCGACCGAAACUGGUAGAUAUUUGGGAAACUUUGUGUGUCUCCUUUGGAUGCCUUUUUAAUCGCUUUUCCUGAAUUUUUCUUGAGCUCCGUUAGCUAGCAUACGUGCAUCACUAGUUUGCUCUAGUGAUGCACCAAUACCGAUGCCAGUAUCGGGUAUCGGUCUGAUACCUAGCUACUACUACUACGAUUACUCAUGCUCGUAGAAAGGGCACCGACACCAAGAAAACCGAUACCACUUCACUUCUAAUGUUGUCUUAUGACAAUUUUGUGAAAUUUGUUUUUGUACUGCAGUGAAACUUGUGACCAUCACCCAUGUUGGACUUUGUGUGUGAUGGCACAAGUAAAUAGUAUCUGUAUCUUUGAGUACUCGCAUGCAAGUAAUCAUUUUGUACAAUGACGAGAGACACAAUAUAUACUGCCAGAACUUGUUCAUACCCAGACAAGUUGACAAAGAGUGACCUACUGAUAUGUUUUCUCCUAGAGACUUCGGUGAAAUCCGAUCCUUUCACGAACUGUACACAUUACGCUCAUGAAUUCUCUGCGUGCAACAUAGUAGCCUUGCGUAUCCUCCGUGAGUUGCACCGUACAGUGGACAUCGCCACUAUUUUGUAUCGCCUGUGACACUGUAAUACCGACAAACAGUGCAAACACAUCCAAAACACUGAAGGUACAGUGAGUUGUGCUCAGAUAAAUCUUUUUAUUGUAUUGUGUGUUGAUGCAGUUUUUUUAAAGGUUUCCCCUGAUAUCAAGACUCAGAAUAAGCAUAGGUUUUGGAAAUACUUUUAUAAUUGUGUUAAUAUUUUGUCGGGAAUCCAGUUUAAUGCGUAUUAUGCAUAUUUCUUAUUUAACUUGUGGGCUUCCUGGUUUCUACUAGUCACAGUGUGCUCUGUCUAUAAGUUGUGUACUGUGUUUGAUGUAAAUAAAACCUUUUUUUUUUUAAACACCAGGUGAUGGAAGCGCCUAUAUUCAUAUGAAAAGCCACAACAAUGAGGAAUGGGAUCGAGACGUGCCUCCAACUAGCAGGUACAGGAACUUUUUGAGUCGCAAAUUGUCACAUAACGUAAAGAAACUGAGCGGAAGUGAUGACAAAUUUCUUUUUAUUGUUUGCUUUUAAAUGUAAAAUAUAUCAUAAAAAAAGUCUUCCAAAGGUCAAGAGGAAAAAGCACAGUGGCUAAUUCUAACGUCCGUUUGUAGCCAGCGUUUACAUUCAGUCUCUCUUUUGGAACAAAAUGACCUCCAACAACACAAUCUAAAGGUGUGAGGACGCCGUCUGGAGUGUCCAACUGUAAAUAAUAAAUACCUCAUUGUGAGGAAAGAACAACCUUUUGCCAAGGCUAUACAGGAACUGUCCUUACUGUCGACAAUAAAUAUAAGGUUCUGAUUUAAAACAACCUAAAACAUCCAUAGUUCUCUGUCUAACAAGACAAUUGCAUCACUAUGAACAUCGACUUCUCUCUGGUCUACAUCCGUGUAGCACAAGGUUGUUUGUCGUUGCGAAACAAAAGCAGUCGUUGGGUGUGGUCGGUUCUCAAACGACGGUCACCUCAAAACGCUCGCUGUCCGACGUCCUUACGACGCGACAGCUUCUGUAUUCAUUUGAUGGACGCCACGUCUGCAGAGGAAGCGGAAGACAUUAAAGAAUCGCUUGAUCCAUCAAACAAAUCGUCCGGUAAUUUGUCUUCAUUAAAACGUCUACUGAUUAAAAUCCACACACACUUUUAAAUCAGGAGGAAAUGAAGAAUCAUCAUCCAUUAUGCAGUUCAUUAAAACCAGUAUGUCUUUUACCUUUCAGUGCGUCAUAGAGCUGUAAAAUAUCAAUUGGAAACAUGGUUGAACACUUU